ACAGUGUGCGUGUAACUGCAAAAGCCCAUGGAAACAGAACAUUUGAAAACACGACGCGGUAAUGAAGACCCUGUGCAUCGCCAUAUCGUAGCAGGCGCUAGGUACGGGGAGUGCUGCGUGAAUCACAUCGGGGGGUGCUUGUUCACUUCACUCAUUCUUUUGAAUCAGUAGGCAAUCCCAUUUUCUUCGGCUUGCUUUAAAGUUUUCAGGGAUCAUUUAAGGAUGGGAAACGAGAGAAUCUUCUACACCGACGAAUCUCUUCAUCUGAAGAGGAAGGGGGAAGGAGUAUGGAUGCCGGAGAAGGGAAGGCCCGUCUGGGAUUCUCUGCAUCUCGAUCUGGUGGAUGAAGGCACCAUCGAAGAAGGACCUUUCUCGCAAGUUAGGAAGGUGUACUCUCGGAAGCUCAAUAGGUACUUUGCCUUCAAGAAAAUCUCCAAGUUACGAGCUCCCAAAGAAGCCGUGGACAAGUUUCUGCCCAGGGAGAUCACCAUCAUGCAACAACUUGCCCAUGAAAGACUGGUUGAAAUGGAGGCAGUUUUAGUCACAGAGCAUUACACCUUCAUUCUUAUGGAAUACAUCCCUCACGGAGACUUGACUAAAUAUAUCAACAGAAGAGGUCAUCUGUGCGAGGAAGAAGCUCGUAUGUUGUUUCAUCAACUCUUGGAUGCAGUCAGCUAUCUUCAUGCAUUGGAUGUGGUGCACAGGGAUAUCAAAUGUGAUAACAUCAUGCUAGAUGAACAGUACAACAUCAAACUUGGCGACUUUGGCUUUGCUGCAAUGUGUGAAGCAGGGCAAAAACUCAGUGAGUUUUGUGGUUCCUACGCCUACACUGCCCCAGAAAUCCUUGCUGGGAAAGAAUACGAUGGCAAGAAAGCUGACGUCUGGAGCAUAGGGGUAGUACUCUAUGCAAUGUUGUGUGGUCGUCUGCCAUAUCAAGAUGAAUCUUUGGACAUCCUGAUCGACAACAUCUACAAUCCUCAAGGCAAACUGCUCUUCCACAAGAAAGUAUCCAAAGACUGCAGAGACUUUGUGCGUAGCAUGCUGAUCACAGACCCCAAAGCACGAGUGAGUGUCAGUAAGCUGAAGCGAAUGGACUGGUUGAACAAGCCCAUCGACAUGUCCACGGCGGAUUAUAAGACCCCACAAUCAUCAUUUGAAUCAGUCGGUCCCAUGCCAGCCGGUGGUCGACCCCGCCGUGCCUCCCUGGACAUGAAUGCUGAACAUGGCUUCUCUGAAAGUCAGCGAAUCAUGGAAAAUGAGAAACAGUGCCCUCACACUGUCACUGAUGUUCUGCGAGCUGUGGCAGUCAGACAUGCAUUUGGUGAGAGCACCACAGAUAUCCACAGGCAUGUUGGGUUGCGGCCUGGAAUACACCUGAAAGCUAAUGAUGUUGGCUUGACCGGACCCGCUGGCCGCAGGAUCAGUGUACAACUUAGCCAACAAAACUUGCCGUUAUUUGCUGGUGGCAAGAUGCAGCAAACAGCCGACACAGCAGAUUCCAGCCGUCGUGCUCGGCGUGCUAGUCUCAUGCCUGACCGUAAGGACAGCUUGUCAAUGCUCACUUCAACAGCUCGUAAGGGUAUCCAACAUGGUGCCCUAGCUCCCUACCACGGGGUCCUACGUGCCACUGGCUCUCAGAUCCUAAUGUCCAAUGAAGACCUGAUGGCCUCUGCUAUUAACCUGAAUCAGGGCAAAGUCGACAAGGAGCUCCAUGACAUGCAUUACUACACAGGAGCCAAAGUAGCCCGAGCAGCCGGUGCAAAGCGACACAAGUCAGCCGAGUGUACCCGCCGCAACUCCGUCUUCACUGAUACACUGAAAUUACGGAGUCAACCCAAUGCCCUGGACCCUGCCGAACAAGCUAUUGUCAACAUGUUCAGAUCCAAAUGCGAAAAGAUCAAGUACAUGGUUGCUUAAGAACUUUCCAUUGUAACUGCCAAUGCCUAAUUUUCAAAAUCGUUUGCCUAUUAUGACCAACUAAACCUGAUUUAAAACAAUAGCUGUAUUAAAAUUGGAUCAAUGCACACCCACAAAUUGUAAACUUCCAAGGGUUGUCUAAAAAAAAACUAACUCUUCAGUGGUAAUAUAUAAAUAAUCAUGGCUGUAAAUUAUUCAGCGUUAUCAUCAUAAUACCAAAAAUUAGUGUAUGAAUAGAUUAUAAAAACCUCCACGAAAUGUCAAAGAAAUCACAAUGAAACAUCAAUAUUUGUCAAAUUAACGUUAUUAGGCAUUUGAUUCUGGAUAUGUUUUUUUUUUCUGUUUCUAAUGUUUCUGACGAGAAGUGUGUCAACCACAUUAGGCAAAAACAAAGGAAUGCAACAUAACUGCACAUCAACUGAAAUGCUUCUUUUAUUGACUUUUUUGGCAAUAAUACAGAGCAAAGUAAAUGAACCGUAUUAAGUUCUGAUGCACUAAUUGUGUAACUAUAAAUCAGUUUUAUUUUUAAUUAAAGAGGGAAUUCACAUGUUUUGUAAAUAAUCAGACAACAGUAUCGCCCACUCAAGGUUGAUAAUUCAUAUUAAAAAUACAAUAUCAAUAAUAAAGAUGGUAUUGCUUCAUCUAUUUCAUUUUUUUUUCAACCAAAAUAAAAUUGUGUUAAAAUACAACAAGGAAACAUUUUAAUUGAAACAAAUAUAACGACUUUCAUGAACAUCUAAGGAAAGAAAAAAAACCAACUUUGAUAAUUUUGGUUUACGAAAAUACAGAAAGAAAAUAUUCAAAUAAUUAAAUUUAAAAUGCUUGAUUUUAUACUGAAUGCUGGUAUAGCACAGACCUACAUGAUAACGAAUAUGAUAGAAAUAAGAAGGAACAAGUAUCAGUUUGGCUUAAAAAUAUAUACUGUUGGCAUCUUAGAUAAUUUGGGGAAACCAGCAUCUCGCUUAUUCCUGUUUCCAGAUAAAACGUACAUGUAAUAACUGAACAUUGGAAUGACAUAAUUAAACAUCCAACAACUAAACUCUUUCCACUGGAAAAUGACAGGUAAAUGAUACAAUAAAUGAUGACAUCAGCAAGUCACAGACUUGUUCAAGUCACUAAGCAGAUUUCAAAAGGCAAUGUUCAUCUCACUGGACACAUUUUUACUUAGUUCUUUGACAGUUGAACACUUCUUUGAAAAUUAAUCAAUAAACUAUUAUACUUUUUUGUGAUAUCUAUCAACACAAACAUUGUUUUAACAACUCAGUGUAAUGCACAUGUAUUAUAAACCAAACCUGUUGGUAUUAAUAAAGAGGUGUUUUUUUUUACUUGUA